UAUAUAUUCACAUUCAUUCAUUGAUAGAGUAAUUUACAGGAUACAAAAGAAGAGGUAGAAGACAAGACAAUCAGCCACCCAAAACACCCAUUUCAUCAUUCUUCAUUUUUCUUUAAUUUCUGCACUCAAUUUCUUCAAUUUUUAUCUGCUUCAAAAUCUUUAUAAAAAAAAAAGAUAAUUUAAAAAUUGAAUUUUGGGUCACCCUCUAAUUGGUUAUUAAUUUGGGGGUGAUCUGGUUGUUCAUUUGAUCGAGAAUUUAGGGUUUGAAUGGCGCUUAAUUCGUCGAAUUUUCUAGAGAAAGUUUAUAUUAUGGCAGAAGGCGGAUCUCGUUAUUGUUCUAAGAAAUCAGAUGAUAUUUGCAGCAAUAUUUGCAAUGAGGAUUCGGGUCAAUCUUCAACUAUAUCGAGAGUAAAAUGCAUUCUUCGCGGGUUAGAUUUAAAAGCCCUGAUCUUUAUAUUCGUGUUGGUACCAUCGGUUAUCUUUGCGCUAUACGUUCACGGUCAAAAGAUAUCGUACUUCUUACGCCCGUUAUGGGAAAACCCGCCAAAGCCGUUCCACGAAAUCCCACAUUACUAUCACGAAAACGUCUCGAUGCAACAUCUCUGUAAACUUCACGGAUGGAAAACUCGUGAAUUUCCACGACGUGUUUUUGAUGCGGUUUUGUUUAGUAACGAGGUUGAUCUGCUUACGGUAAGAUGGCACGAGUUAUACCCGUACGUAACUGAAUUUGUACUGCUGGAGUCGAACUCGACGUUCACCGGAAUCCCAAAACCGCUAGUGUUUUCCAGCCAUCGUGAUCGGUUUAAAUUUGUCGAACCGAGGUUAACUUACGGGAUGAUUCCUGGAAGAUUUCAGAAGGGGGAGAAUCCGUUUGUUGAAGAGGCGUAUCAACGGUUAGCGUUGGAUUAUCUUAUAAAAAAAGCUGGGAUUGAAGACGAUGAUCUGUUAAUCAUGUCGGAUGUUGACGAAAUCCCGAGUCGACACACGAUUAACCUUUUAAGAUGGUGUGAUGAUAUCCCGCCCGCUUUACAUCUUCGGUUGAAAAACUACUUAUACUCGUUCGAAUUUCUUUUGGAUAAUAACAGCUGGCGGGCUUCCGUUCAUAGAUAUCAAUCGGGAAAAACAACGUACGCUCAUUUCCGCCAGUCGGAUGUGAUCUUGGCGGAUGCCGGAUGGCAUUGCAGCUUCUGUUUCCGCCGUAUAAGCGAAUUUAUCUUCAAAAUGAAGGCGUAUAGUCAUUUCGAUAGAGUGAGGUUCAAAAGGUUUUUGAACCCUGAUAGGAUUCAAAAGGUCAUCUGCAAAGGGGCCAAUCUUUUCGAUAUGAUCCCCGAGGAGUAUACGUUUAAGGAGAUAAUCGGGAAAAUGGGACCCAUUCCGCAUUCGUAUUCAGCGGUUCAUCUUCCUGCGUAUCUUCUUGAAAACGCAGACGAUUAUAGAUUUCUCUUGCCCGGAAAUUGCAUGAGAGAAAGUGGCUGAACCUGACCUGACCUGACCCGACCCAACCCAAGCCUGAACCUGAAGCCGAACCCGAGGGUUAAAAAAAGACUGUGACUUUAAAGUUUAUAGAAAUACCUCUUUAGUAUUUAUAUGUUUAAAUGCUAAUGGAAACUGAUAUAGAGUAGGAUGAGUUUAUGGAUUUAUGUAAAUAUUCUCUCGAUUAUUCAUUUGUUAGUCUGGGAGGUCGUCUGUCACUGAUCAGACUGUUUAGGACUGACCAUUGAUCUACGCCUCCCUUAUUAUAUAUUAGAAAAUUUUGGACCGA